AGUAUAAAAAGGAAAAUAAGAGCCCUCAAUAUUGAUUAUCUCGUUCUUAUCUCUCUUUCAAAAUUAACUUUUUGAAAAUUUCAGUUAACUUCCAAAAAUGGAGAUAGCUCCAGCAACGAUCGCUUUGUGCUCCAAAGAGCAGCAAAAGAUGUAUCACGAAUGGUUUGAAAUAGCAGAUCCAGAUGGUGAUGGACGCAUCACCGGAAACGAUGCUACAAAGUUCUUUGCACUAUCAAAGCUUUCUCGGCAAGAACUGAAGCAGAUUUGGGCGCUUGCAGAUUCUAAACGACAAGGAUUUUUAGAUUUUUCGGAGUUUGUUAUUGCGAUGCAGCUUGUAUCUCUCGCACAAGCUGGACACGAAAUAACCUCUGAUAUCCUUAAAAAUGGAGGCAAGUACAAGGAUCAUUCAUUUAGCUCUGACAAAUGUACUUGA